CCACGGCCGGAAGUGAGGCCGCCUCCUUCCGCCAGGACUAAUCGCGACACGGAGCCGGAAUGUCGCGAUAUUCCGCGGGACCGGGACCCACAUCGGGACCCGAACCGGGCCGAGAUGGGACGGGGACGGAACGGGGCCCGGCACCAUAGAGCGGCGGGGAUAGAGCGGCAACAGCCGGGCCGGGAAGCGGGGGGCGGGACGUGAGCGUUGCCAUGGCAGCGGGCUGUGCUGCCGCCCCGCCGUUACGGUCCCGUUACCGGCCCCGAUCCAUCGGGUCUCGGGUCGCUCCGUGUGGAGCCUCCGCACCAAGGCCACAACGUGUCCCGGAGCCCCGCGCCCUGCGGCACCACCUGGCGGCAACCGGGACACGGGGACACUGCGGGCAGCGCCGGGACCGUGACACCGCGAUCGGAGCACGGCGGGAACCGGGGACGGCGGUGUCCGGUUGUGUCCGGUUGUAUCCGCCUGUAUCCGCCUGUAUCCCCGGCUGUGCCCGGUUGUGUCACGGUUGUGUCCCGGUUCCGGCCGUGGCUGCCCCGGGCAGUGAAUGCCGCGUCCCACGCCAGCCCUAAUGAUGCCGCCGUGCCCCCGAGGGGCCGCGUCCCUGCGAGGGAGGGAACCGGGAGGGGCCGCUCGGAGCUGCCCCGUCCUGCGGGACGAGCGGCGGCACCGGGACACGAGCAGCGCCGUCAUGUCCCCGAGCCCGGGGUGGCCGCUGCUCCGGAGGAUCCGGAGGUUCCGGAGGUUCCGCAGGAGCUGGGCCCCCCGUGGCGCCGUGACACGGAGCAUCGUCCCGCCGCGGCCACGCGGGAACCGAAGGGCGGCUGGAGCCGGGAGCCGCCGCGUGGAGCCGGGCGCUGCGGCCGGGAUCGCACCCGGCGGGACGAGGAACGAGCUCGGGGCCGUAGUGAGGCGGCGUGUGGCCCACAAAGGGUUACACAGGGCAGCACCCAGCAGUGUCACCGCUGCCACCAGCCCCGGCGCUCAGCUCCUUCCUGGUCAGAUUCAGCCGCGGGGAACGAGCCACAACCACAACGCGGUGGCUGCCAUGGAGGAGAUGCUGAUCUGGGAGCAGCACACGGUGACGCUGAGCAAGGACCCUCAUCGGGGCUUUGGUUUUGCCGUUUCGGGUGGCCGGGACCGUCCCAACAAGGUGACUGGGGACACGGCUGUCAUCGUCUCAGAUGUGGUGUCCAGAGGACCGGCGUUUGGCCAGCUUCAGAGGAAGGAUCAGAUCGUGAUGGUGAACGGCCUUUCCAUGGAGAAUGUCUCAUCCUCCUUUGCCAUCCAGACACUGAAGACCUGCGGCAAGAUCGCCAACAUUACACUGAAAAGACAAAAGAAAAUCCACCUCCCCAUGAGCAAGAGCAGCCCUGCAUCCCCUGCUGCAACCCGGCGCUACGACUCGGACGAGGACUACGACCCUCGUGGUGUGGAUCCAGCCCUGCGCAGCACCAGCCAGCACCGCUCCCGAGAUGACCUGGACCAGGACUACGAUGGGGACUCGUCCAGUGAGAGGAGCUCAGGUCACCACCGGGAUGACCGCCGCCACCAUAAGUCGUCCCGCAGCCGAAGGCGAAGCCAGGACAGCAGCCACUGGAGGCACAGCCCCGACAGCGGCUCAGAGCACAGGGGUUACAGCCGGCACCGCUCCACCAACAGCCUUGGCCACGAAGGGGACACCAACGGGCUGGAGCUGGUGUCCGGGUUCAAGAGGCUGCCGCGCCGGGAUGUGCCAACAAAACCCAUCACAUCGGUGCUGGUGAAGAGGAAGGAGGAUGAAGAGUACGGCCUGAAGCUGGGCAGCCAGCUCUUCAUCAAGCACAUAGUGGAGAGUGGGCUGGCGGCGAGACGCAGCUCCUUGCAGGAGGGAGACCUCAUCCUGAAGAUCAACGGGGUGGCCAGCGAGGACAUGUCCCUGGCUGACACCCAGCGGCUCAUUGAGCGGACAGAGGGGAUCCUGACCCUGCACGUCCUCCGGGACCACCGGCAGUUCCUGAUCAAUAUCCCCAACAUGGAAGACUACCAGAGUGACAGCUCCCGGAUGGACGAUAUCUCUGACAUCGACUCUGACCUGUCCAACCCACCAUCCCCUAAGACCUCCCCACGACUUCCAGCUGCUGCCAGGGUGAAUUCACCAGGAGAAAGGAGACGAUCAAGUAGGAAUGCUGCAACUGACACAAACAUGGAUGGUGCUCUGAGCCAUGACACAUUGGAAGCCAUGGAACAGGAUGGCCACCACAGCCCCCGCAGCAGAACCACUGCCCGAGCUGCCCCCAACGAUGGGCCUCCCCCGGGCAGGUACAGUCCUGACUCCAGAGUGGUGCAGUUUGUGAAGGCCAGGAGCGUGGGGCUGCGGCUGGCUGGUGGGAACGACGUGGGCAUCUUUGUGUCGGGUGUGCAGGAGGGGAGCCCAGCCGACAGCCAGGGCAUCGAGGAAGGGGACCAGAUCCUGCAGGUGAACGGCACCAGUUUCCAGAACCUGACCCGUGAGGAGGCAGUGCAGUUCCUUAUGAAGCUCCCACCGGGUGAGGACGUCACACUGCGGAUCCAGAGCAAGCAGGACAUUUACAGAAAGAUGAUCUCAUCCAAUGUGGGCGAUUCCUUCUACAUUCGGACGCAUUUUGACUACGAGAAGGACACGCCUUCAGGGCUCAGCUUUGUCCGUGGGGACGUCUUCCAUGUGCUGGACACCAUGUACCGAGGGAAGCUGGGGAGCUGGCUGGCUGUGCGCAUGGGCAGGGACCUGCAGGAGCAGGAGAAGGGCAUCAUCCCCAACCAGAGCAGGGCUGAGCAGUUUGCCAGCCUGGAGUCUGUGCUGAAAGCCACGCCUGGCGCCAACCCCUCGGGGGCACGGGCUGAGUUCUGGAAGCUGCGGGGUCUGCGGGGAGCCAAGAAGACGCUGCGGAAGAGCCGCGAGGAUCUGUCUGCCCUCACAAAGCAGGGCCACUACCCCCCAUAUGAGAGGGUGGUUCUGAAGGAAGCCAGUUUCAAGCGGCCGGUGGUGAUCCUGGGCCCCAUCACAGACAUUGCCAUGCAGAAACUGAGCACGGAACAGCCUGAGCUCUUUGAGAUUGCACCGAGUGUGCCACGAGAUGGGGCGUCAUCCAAGGUCAUCAAGCUGGAUUCAGUGCGGCAGAUUGCUGAAAGGGACAAGCACGCACUGCUGGACAUCACGCCAUCAGCGGUGGAGCGCCUCAACUACGUGCAGUACUACCCCGUGGUGGUGUUCUGUGAGCCCGAGAGCCGGCAGGGCAUCAAGGCCAUGCGCCAGUGGCUGGCACCUGACUCCAGGAAGAGCUCCCGGCGCCUCUACGCCCAGGCCAGCAAGAUGAAGAAGUACUGCAGCCACCUCUUCACCGCCACCAUCAGCCUCAGCGGCAGCGGCAACUCCUGGUACGAGGAGAUCAAGGGCAUCGUCAGGACUCAGCAGAGCCAACCCAUCUGGACGGCGGUGGAGCAUGUGGAUGCAGCGCUGGGGGACAGCCUGGACCUGCUGAACCCGCCGAGCAGGGCAGCCUCGGGUUACCUGACCUGCGACAGUCAAGCCAACAGCGACUACGACGACACGGAUGGGGAGGGGGGUGCCUACACCGACGGUGAGGCAGAGGACACCUACAACCAUCCUGCGCUUUCCCGCUCCUCUGAGCCAGCGCAGACGUACCCCAGUCACAGUGUGAGCCAGCAGGUGACAGAGCAGCAGCCGCAGGGACAGUGGGCACAGGAGCACCUGAGGGAUUAUGAGCACGAGGCCGUGAGGAGGAGAUUCACACGAGCCAGGGAUGACUCAGAUGAGGAUGAAGGCUACGAGUGGGGCCCGGCUACAGAUGUGUAGUGAGAUCAACGUCUGCGUGUGACCCCCGAGCAUCACUGUGUGUCUCUGCCCCACGGGGCCGGUCCUGCCACAGCCCUGUGCCACCAGGGCCGGGUGACAGCCCUGGCAGUGCCACCAACACCUCACAGCUGUGCGGGCUGUGCCUGCACCAAGUGCCUCCUUCCCUGCUUCAUCCCCUGCCCCUGAGGAUGAAAUAAAGGGGACGUUUGUGAGUAGGA